AUGGAUUCUUUACAAGACGCCGAACCUGCUCAAGAACAACUUCCAAGAAGCUCUGCUGAAGUCACCCCAAAGGGCACUAGACCAUCGUCACAAAAGAAAAGACCCAAAGGAAGUCAGAAGGAACCAUUUCAAUUUCUCCCGUAUAAUGCCCCCGAACGAAAAAGCAAUCUCCAUCUGGCUAUAGUUAAACCCUUAUACCCCAAGGAAAUUAACGAUGGCUUCAUUUAUAUGUUGCAACGACCUGAUGAUCCGAAUUUCGUCAAAAUUGGAUACACGACCGAAACGCCCGAAGACCGCUUGCGAUCGUGGAAGCGAUCAUGCAAGUUAGAGUACACACUAAAAUAUUCCUCUCAUCAUACUCCCUGUGCGAAAAGAGUUGAAUCUCUCAUUCACGUCGAUCUUGGAAAAGUUCGCUAUAGGGAAUCGUCCUGUAAAUCCAAUUCCCCCUGCAAGAAACAGCAUUAUGAAUGGUUCAAAAUCAGCCCGGAAAAAGCGAGGAAUGUUAUUGAUUACUGGGUCAAUUGGAUGACCAAAGUGAAGCCAUAUCAGGGAGAGAAACUCCGACCUGAGUGCGUUCGAUGGACGUUUUUAGAUUUCCACACUGGUAUUAAAAUCGAGACUGUCAGCAGAGAAAAUAUUGGUUUGUUCUUGACUGAUUCGAAUGGUGACACCUGGGUUGACCAUGAUCAAUGUUUGCAUCUGAUCAGCGAGAAAGAUGAGACAGGGACAGAUACACCUGAAAAUGGAUCAGAAACCGCCGAGUUGAGAAAUGCUCAUCGAGGCGAAGAGGGACUCCAGGACGAGUCAUUAGACGAUUCUGUCGUUCAACAUGAUGUUGAAAUGGCAGAUCAACCAGACAUCGAAACUCCAUCGCUGGAGAGCCAGUCGACACCCACCACAGCAACACCAGAAGAUUUGCAAGGAGCGCCAAGUCUGGACUCAGAUUUCGGGAAUGCCAGGCGGCAAUUGUUUCCCUCAGCGCAUGGCAAACACAAAGGAAUAUCCCCAUCUCCAACUCGGUCAAACGCUCCCUCAGCAGAAGGAUCAAGUACAUUAACGUCCAAGACUUCCCCAUCAUCAGGGACUGGAAAAUAUGAUGAUCCUCCGACACCAUCCGAACGAGCUCGUUGCAGGAAAGAGAGACCUGGUUCUAGAGGUGUAACAGAUAGAGCCUCUAAUCCUUCAUCAAGGAGACCGUCAACACCUCGAGAGUCUUCGGCGUCAAAGGCUCAAUUACGGCGAGGAAAGGAAAAUGAAAACAAUCCACUAGAAGUCGAUGACAGAAGUCGUCGUCGUCGAUCUCAGGCCCGAGAGCCAAGUGCAUCCACCGGCACUCGUCAUGUUCUCCAGGAUGCCAACCAAGCCACACCGUCAGAUUCGCGCUCGUCGACCUGCGCUGGUCGUAGUGGCAGUGACAAGUUGAGCUCAAGGAGAGCCCGUUCCUCAACAACAUCGGAAUGGAAAGCGGAGUCGAAGACUUCAGGAGCAGUGUCCAACAGUGACGAUGAGGAUAUCGACACGGCAGUGACACCGGAUGAUGAGGCGACGUCUGAUCGAGACCGAUUUCCCGGGCAGAGCUACGAUUCCAGGCACGAAAGUGAGGAAGAACAGAAGCAAACGAGUCCGACAAUGAAGCAGAGGUCAUCCUCCGCUCUAGAGAAAAACAUCAAAGCAGAUUUUCAACUCUCUCCAAGUACUGCAAGGAGCGCAAAUUCACCAGCUAGCACAUCAAGGCCCACAUCGCCAGCAUGUCGUACUGUGCUUGAACCUCAACACCAUAUCUUCGAGCCAGGAGAUCUUACACUCGGCUCUGAUCCCUCGAUUCCCUCGUCUCCGACGGCGACCAAGCCAUCGAGAAGACAACUUUCCAUUUCCGCUGCUGUGGCCGAAUCCCCCAACUCACAGCCCCCAACAUCGACACCGAUACCUUCUAGGUGCACGAGGGGCAAGAUCCAAAACGACCUGACUCCGCGAUCCAGUGGAAAGAAAGUAGCCGUAGAAAACGCCGUGACCAGGAGUGCGGAAGCUCGUCGUGUCACGGUGGCGACGCCAGGGCCUGUAGAUGAAGGCCGGGUUUCCGCACCGGCGUCCGUGAGUAUCAGUGGAGACAUGAAGGUGAUGACAAAGGCGAAGAAUGGUAAGGGCAAAAGACCGUUGAAGAAGAGCGCGGACUUAGACCCAGGAACAGGAGCAGCAGGAGGAGGUAAAGGAAGUGGCGGGAAAGAGGAUCCGAUCCUGAUCUUGGACUAG